UUCUGCGGCAAGUACAGAGUUUAGAUCCAGCGCUGUUCUAGACUGAUGCGGGAAUAAAGACUGCAACCAGUCGUGAAUGUUAAACACACAGACGCCGACUAAUAAGUUUCAAAAAUCUUGCGAGUAAAUGGGAUUCAACGUCUUCCGGACAGAAUGUAAAGAAUUCCUUGAAGGAUGUGGGGAAUUAAAGGCUCGUUCUCUGCGCUGUUAUUGCUGUUUUUGGCUUAUAUCUUCGCGUCCUCGGUUAACGCCGACAGUUUAUCAGCUCCGCUCAAUGUGACCAUCAAAGCACUGGAGGGGAACUCAGCGAUUGUGACAUGGGACAUUCUGGAGGGAGACCCAGUCAUUGGGUUUGCCAUCACCCAGCAGAAGAAGGACGUGCGCAUGCUGCGAUUCAUCCAGGAAGUGAACACCACAACUCGCUCAUGUGCAUUAUGGGAUUUGGAGGAAGACACAGAGUACAUUGUCCAUGUUCAGUCCAUUAGCAUGAGCGGCACCAGUCCUCCGAGUGAACCUGUUCUGUUCCGCACACCCAAAGAGUCAGAGAAACUGGCCUCCAAAAGCCCAGAUGAAGUGACCAUGGAGGAGGUCGGCCAGGCGGCUCAGCUCAGGGCUGGAGAGCUUAUUAUCAUUGUGGUGGUUCUCGUCAUGUGGGCAGGUGUGAUCGCUCUGUUCUGCCGCCAGUAUGACAUCAUCAAAGACAACGAGCCCAACAAUAACAAGGACAAAGCCAAGAACUCUUCAGAGUGCAGUACCCCAGAGCACCCCACAGGGGGACUACUGCGCAGCAAGGUCUAAUUACGCCUUCCCCUGUCGGCAAUAAUAGGCUUCAGCCUCAGGACAGUGCUCCGAGACAAAACAAGUAAGCCAUCAAUUCACAGUUGUGAAGCCCACCUCUCAUCCUCGACCAAAACGACCUUUUAAGUAUUCCCAUCGAUCAACAUCAACUCUUUGGUGCUUGUCAGUUUGGGACAUUGACACAAACUUGAGGACGAAAAAUGGACAGGACGGUUCCGAAAACAACGCUAGAAGUUUCAGCCUUUUAAAGAGAGAGAGAGAGAGAGAGAGAGAGAGAGAGAGAGAGUCGAUGAGUUUUGAUGCACAAGACUCGAACCCGGCUGUGAGCUGGAAGACCAGAGAUGCCGAACCACCAGGAGUGUUCCUAUUUGACACACAGAGAUAAGGAGAAAACCAACCUGCCUCCCCCAAUAAACCAGAACAGUGUGCUGUGUAAAAGAAGGGAUAAGUGUUUUUUUCCAAACUCACCGCCAUUAUCAGCGCUGUUCCAGGAUCAGGUCUCUCCACAUUUGUUCUCUGAUUCUUCUCUUCACACCUCUAGUUGCUUUCAAUCCUCCAUUAUCCUCCCUCCAGCAGCCAAUCAUGGACACUCUAGAUUGUUUGAUGUGGUUUAAUUGGUGCAGUUGGAUCUUUCUUCUCAGCACUCUUGCUCUCAGGGCAUUCAGGAAAACAUCAACAGGAAAACAAAACUAAACGAUGGACCACAUAGGCCACAUUGCGUUCAUUCAUCUGUGGCCAAAUCACAACCGAACGGCGACUGAAGAAGAAGAAAAGCUCCAUAAUAUAAUAGUCAUAGAAAACCUAUUUAACCGCUUGUGUGUCUCAAGUAAAUCAACAGCUUGCUGUCUCUAAUGAGCACAUUUCUGUACAGUGAUGGUUAUUUUGGUCCUCAUAUGACAUUCAUUAGCAUAUUCGUCAUGAGUAUGGCUAUUUACCGCUUUUUACGUGGCGCUGUGAUAUAGAGUUGGGUGCCUUUUUUUCUACAGGCUCUUUUUUUCCCCUGAUUACUUUCCCUGUAAUGAGUUUAGUCUUAGGGGCGUUUACACGACAAUGUUUUCGACUAAAAAUCUUGGAUGUUCAUAUUUGCUUAACUAUGGCCUGAAAAUGCUAGACUUUCAAAAUGGGUUUCAAAGAGCAAAAUUUUUGGAACGGAUAAUAUCGACGUCUCUGUGAAAACAACCAAAACGCCAUCUUGUGAAAAUGGGUAUAUAAUGCGUAUUAUAUGUGCAGUUGUGUAGGCAUGCGUGAGUACCUGGCAAUCAAAACAACAUUAGUGGAAUACUGGAGGAUGUGUGCACAAAAGCUUAGUGAUAUCGCCACCUACUGGCGUGGCAUACAUAAUUCAAUGUUGUUGUUUUUUUACUGUGAUUUCUUCGACUACUUU